CAAUUUAUUUUACAGUUCAAGAUGGCGUCGCACCCGUACAUGUCGCCUGCUGGUCAACAGCAAAGAUUUCCUGCUCCAAACCAGCCAGUUAUGAGGAGUUAUCUCCAGGGAAGUUAUCCGGACUCUUCUAAAGUGUCCACCACUGGUCCCACCACAACACAUUCUUCCUCUUCUUCAGGAUCUACAUCCUCUUCUUCAUCAACUUCUUCUUCAAAGCAGAGGCCCAGUGGUUCGGGGCAGCGUAUGGCCCCAGGAAUGCCGCCUCCUUACAGUGGAGGGAUGCGAGGUGCCAUGGGACAAGGUAUGGAUCCCUCUCGCAAACGCCAUGCCCACCCAUCCGAUGCACAGAAAAAGGGACAAAGUGCCUCAAUUGGUGGUGCUGGGGCAAGCAGCAGCAGUGCCAGGAAAAAGAAGAAAAUGGCCGACAAGGUUCUGCCUCCACGGGUCCGCGAGUUGGUACCUGAGUCCCAGGCCUACAUGGACCUUUUGGCAUUUGAAAGGAAACUAGACUCCACCAUCAUGAGGAAGAGGCUCGACAUUCAGGAGGCCCUCAAGAGGCCCAUGAAGCAAAAGCGCAAGCUGCGUGUGUUCAUCUCCAACACUUACUAUCCAGGCCGGCCAGAUGCGGAUGAAGAAGAUGCUAGUGUACCAUCCUGGGAGCUGAGAGUUGAAGGUCGUCUCCUGGAAGAUCCCAACGCCCCAAAGUACGAGUCUAAGCAGAAGAGGAAAUUCUCCUCCUUCUUCAAAAGCUUAGUCAUCGAGCUGGAUAAGGAGCUGUAUGGACCAGACAACCAUCUGGUGGAGUGGCACCGUACCAGCACCACCACAGAAACAGACGGCUUCCAAGUCAAGCGUCCAGGAAGCGAGAACGUCAAGUGUACCCUACUUCUCCUCUUAGACCAUCAGCCACCUCAGUACAAGCUAGACCCCCGUCUGGCACGCCUCCUGGGCGUGCACACCCAGACACGCCCAGUCAUCAUCAACGCCCUGUGGCAGUACAUCAAGACCCACUGCCUACAGGACUCCCAUGAGAGAGAGUACAUCAACAACGACAAGUACUUUCAGCAGAUAUUUGAAUGUGGGCGGAUGAAAUUCUCUGAGAUUCCUCAGCGGUUGCAUCCCUUGCUGCAUGCUCCAGAUCCCAUUGUAAUCCAUCAUGUCAUCACAGUGGACACCGCUGACCAGAAGAAGACGGCCUGCUAUGACAUUGAUGUGGAAGUUGACGACACCCUCAAAGAACUCAUGAAGUCAUUCCUGCUGUCCACAGCAAGUCAGCAAGAGAUAGCUUCCCUGGACAACAAGAUACAUGAGACAGUGGAGACCAUCAAUCAACUCAAGAUCCAGCGUGAGUUCAUGUUGGGCUUUGCCAGAGACCCUCAGAACUUCAUCAGUGAAUGGCUGGUGUCUCAGAGCAUGGACCUUAAGACCAUGACGGACGUUGUUGGAAAUCCAGAGGAGGAACGUCGAAGUGAUUUCUACUACCAGCCCUGGGCUCAAGAAGCUGUCCGCCGUUACUUCUACAGCAAGGUCCAGCAACGCCGUGCCGAACUGGAACAGGCACUGGGCAUCCGGAACACAUAGCGUCACAUCCGCUGUCCCUCCACUGUAUAAUGAUUCUCUCAGCAAGUGACAAAUUUCCGAAAGCAAAUGUCAUCAGUAUCAUUGUUGGAAUCAGUUCAGCAUUUAGACACACCCAGUGCCUCACCAACGCCGUGUUACCAAGAACAUCGCGGCAGCCGUCCACUUAAAGGCAAAAUUCAGUCACCCUACAUGGCUUAGAAGUGGCAGAUUGACGAACAGACUUGACAUUGUGUAAGCCUGCUCCUCGCUUAAAUCCCAAGGAAGGAGAAGGAACCGACAUGAUUCAUGUGAAGAUGUGAUGAUGAUUAAUGCAAUAUCCUGUAGGCAGCUAUCUGCAUUGCGUGAUGACCCAAUUUGCUAAUAGAGCUAAUCCUUGUCAAUCUGAGUUUAGCGUUUAAUUGACAGACUUUACUUGAUGGACCGGGUCAGUUUGUAACCUGGCUUAGAGAGCCCGGGUGGCCCGUCAACAACACCAAAGCUUGCUUUAACCACUUAACGCCGGGUAAAAACUUCCCUUGAAUUACAGGCUGCCGGGCGGUGUUUUAUGAUUUUGAUAUUCAUAUUCGCCAUACUUUUAUAGGAAAAAAUCCCCCAAGAAAUCAUCUCAUGUAAUGAGAGUCAGAAGGCAGUGAAGUGUGGCCGGACGCUUUCAAAAAAUACCAUUGUUAUGUUUAUUGUGGUGUUACAUAACGGCUUCUUUGUUCGCCCUCCACCCUGCCAGGAACGACAAACAAUGGGCGGGCUGGGCGAUGCAUUUGUCAGCCAGGCUGGCCUAGAGCGCUGCGGUAUUUCAUGCCAUUGUACUUCAUAUUAGGGGGAUUACAGCCUAUGGUGACUCAUAGCAGUCAGUCCGGUCCCCACAUGAGGCCACCUGGCUGUGUGGGCCAUAUGGGGUCAACCGGCGCUAAGUGGUUAGUCUGUAAGAAGAAACAGUUUGUAAUUCCGUUAAAAAUCCAAGAAGGGUUAGGCACGGAAGUCAGGCUCAAUAAAGAUCGUCUUUUGUAGUUUGUUGUUCUGAAAUUUUUUGUUAAUUUUUUUAAUAGUUAAA